AUGGCCAUGGCAUCUGGGUACUGCGCGACUGUCCCGCACUCGCCGACACCGUUGGCGUCACCCACGGCCAACGCUGAGGAACUCCGCCGCAUGCUGGACGUGAUCGAGCAUGAGGUGCUGCCCAAGACGGAGCUAGGUGUGAAGGCGGGGAACAAGGUCUUCGGUGCAGCUGUCUUGCGAGACUGCGAAGGUCUUCCGACCAUCAUCGCAGACACGAACAACGAGAUGGAAUGCCCCCUCUUCCAUGGUGAGGUGCAUACCAUGAAGAAGCUCAGUGAGAGGCCGCCGGAGGAGCGGCCGGAUCCGGCCGCCUGCGUGUUCUUGAGCACUCACGAGCCUUGCUGCAUGUGCAUCUCGGCUAUCGUCUGGGCUGGCUACAAGAAGGUCUUCUACCUCUUCGGCUACGAGACCACGAAGGACCAGGGCAUCCCCCAUGACCUGGACAUCAUGUACGAACUGUGGCGGGUGCCCAAGUACCAGCAGCAGAACAAGUUCUGCGCCACCGCCGGCAUUGUGGAUCAGAUUGCCCAGCAGCCAGAUGCCAUCAAGGCUGAGCUGACGGAGCAGGUGAAGCGGAUCACGGACAGGUACAACGACUUGGCCAAGAAGUACCACACAGAGAAGACCUCCAAUGCAAACAACAAGCUGGCCUUUGGCUAG